GUGUAUUAAUGAAUUGUAAGAACACUGCAGUCCAUAUUUUGUGGACUUAAUAUCCAUUUGUAAAGCAUGAUUCUUUCAAAAUUUAACUUUAUAUGAUCCUUAAUGGAAACAACCAAUAUUCAAGCAUUUACAGACCCCAGCAACUCAAGCUAGAGGAGAUGGUGAAGAAACCUUCAAAAAUCUCAUCCCGUUCUUCUACUCCAGCUCCUUCCAGCUCCCGUCCUUCGAUUGGGGUCGGGAAAUCGGCGAAAAAGCGGGAUGCAUUGGCUCUUGCAUUGUAUGUUGAUGCGGAAAGUGGGCAUUCGUCCGUGCCACUGAAAGUAUUCUAUCCCGAUUCAGAUUUCCCUCCUCAGGUUAAUGUGAGAAGAUCAACGAGGGUGACUUCGAACAAAUACAGGAGCGCGCCGCCUGCAUUGCCCCCUGCCCGUUCUAAAUCUACUCCAGCGCGGCCGCUAUUGCUGACUUCUCCUUCCCGGAAAUCCGGCUCAGAAUUUCACAAGGAAAGGCAACGCUGCAAUGGGGUGGCGAGUGACAUGCAGAAGCGCUUGAGACCUAGAAAGACAGUGGUGGAGGUUGGAGUUUGGGGGAAACAAGUGGAGAAAUGUGAUCCUCAGAAACACAGUUCCACUUUAGGUGAUAAACGUGAGAGAUCUCGACAGGGUAAGAGAAUUGAUUCCGUGAAGAACACUUCAAAGAAAGAGGUGAAAAUUGCUUCUAUGAGAAUUGGUUCUCAUGAGAGCUUUUUUGAGAACAAAUAUUCCAUUACUAGUGAUGUGGUUACUAAAGAUGAAUGGAUGGAUCCUGUUUCAAGUGCAUUAGCUGACACAUCAGAAGAAAGCAAAUCAGAGAAAGGAAAUUCAGAUAUGGAUGCAAAUAGUGUUAACUGCCUAAGGUCCCGAAAAAUUAAGUUUGGAUUGGUUUCACAACGUACUGCAGUAAAAACAUCUGCACUGAGUAAUGCAUGUGGUUCUGGGGGUGAAGUGUUGCGAUUAGAAGAAAAGGUGGCAUGUACCCCUUCGAAAGGAAAGGAGAAAAAAGGUAAGAGCAUUGCAUGUUUUGUUGGAGAGCCUAUACCUGCCGAGGAAGCUCAAGAGAGGUGGCGAUGGCGAUACGAUUUGAAGAGUCAAAGAAGAGAAAAGCAAGGGUGGAUACUAAAUGCUAAUGAAGAAGAUGAAGUGAUACUAAAUGUUGGUUGCCAUUAUGCACAAGCCAACAUUUUUGGCUCUAUUUUGAAUAUCGGAGAUUGUGCAUAUGUAAAGGGUGAAGGCAUGAAAAAACAUGUUGGAAGGAUCCUAGAGUUUUUCAAAACAACCGAAGGAGAAGAUUAUUUUCGGGUGCAGUGGUUUUUCAGAGCAGAAGAUACGGUUAUGAAAGAUGCAGCUACUUUACAUGAUAAACGGCGGUUGUUUUACUCGAACUUAACAAAUGAUAAUUUACUAGACUGUCUUAUUUCCAAAGUAAAUGUUACAAUAAUCUCAUCAGGGCUUGAUUUUAAAGUUGACGACAUCCCACCAUCAGACUUCUAUUAUGACAUGGAAUACUGUGUUGAUUAUUCAACCUUUCGUAACUUGCCAACUGUGGAAAAAUUGAAUAGUGGUGAACUUGUGAAAGUGGAAUUAUCACUGCUAGAUCUCUAUGCUGGAUGUGGUGGGAUGUCAACUGGAUUAUGCAUAGGUGCCAAGCUUUCUGGUCUUAAUCUUGUGACCAAAUGGGCCGUUGAUUAUAAGAAGUCUGCAUGUGAUAGUCUGAAAUUAAAUCAUCCUGAGACACAGGUUAGGAAUGAACCUGUUGAGCAUUUUCUAACGCUACUAAAAGAAUGGGAGAAGCUCUGCGAAGAUUUUGGAUCAACUGGUUCAAAUGGUGGCCCUGUUGAAGUGUUAGAGGACACGGAAGAAGUUGAAGACACUUCUAUUUAUCUGCCUGAUUCAGACGAUUCAGAUGCAGAAUAUGAAAUUCUCCGCCUUGUAGAUAUCUGUUACGGAGAUCCCAAUGGUACAGGAAAGCCCUGUAUCCAUUUUCAGGUACGCUGGAAAGGGUUUGGACCUAGUGAAGACACAUGGGAGCCAAUUUAUGGGUUGAAAAAUUCUAAAGAGAGCAUCCAUGAUUUUGUGAGAAGGGGAAAAAAUUCUAGAAUUCUACCUCUUCCGGGUGAUGUUGAUGUGAUAUGUGGGGGCCCCCCUUGUCAAGGUAUUAGUGGCUAUAAUCGCCACAGAAAUGUCAAUGCCCCAUUGGAAGAUGAAAGAAAUCGCCAAAUCAUUAUAUUUAUGGAUGUUGUUGAAUUUCUAAGGCCUAAGUAUGUCUUCAUGGAGAAUGUGCCUGACAUACUGAGGUUUGAUAAAGGCUCUCUUGGACGAUAUGCUUUAAGCCGUUUGGUACGUGUGAGAUACCAAACAAGGCUUGGCAUUCUUGCAGCUGGUUGUUAUGGUCUUCCACAAUUUCGAUUGCGUGUUUUCAUAUUGGCGGCACUUCCCAGUGAGAAAUUGCCGCCAUUUCCUCUGCCUACACAUGAUGUUAUUAUGAGACAUUGGCCUCCACCUGAGUUUGAGCGCAAUGUUGUUGCUUAUGAUGAAGGACAACCUCGUGAACUUGAGGAAGCCCUUGUUCUUCAGGAUGCUUUAUCUGAUCUUCCAGCUGUUACAAGCCGUGAAGUUCGUGAAGAAAUGCCAUAUUGUAUGCCUCCAGAAUCAGAUUUCCAGAAGUAUAUUCGAUUACCUGAACAUGAGAUAAUGGGGAGCACUACAUCUACUCAAGUGAGAGGAAUGAAAGAUCCUGUCUUAUAUGAUCAUCGACCUCGUCUACUCUCUGAAGAUGAUAUGACACGAGUUUCUCUAAUCCCACAUCGAAAGGGAGCAAAUUUCUUGGAUUUUCCUGGGGUCAUUCUUGUGAAUAAUACAGCUCAUCGUGAUCCGAAUAAAGAACCAGAAUUACUACCAUCAGGAAGGCCACUUGUCCCUGAUUGUAUCUUCACUUUUCAGCAAGGGAAGUCUAAGAGGCCAUUUGCGAGAUUGUGGUGGGAUGAGACAGUUGCAACCCUAGUGACUUUCCCCAAUUGCUUCAGCCAUGCCAUUCUUCAUCCUGAUCAGGACCGAGUUCUCACAAUACGUGAGUAUGCAAGACUACAAGGGUUUCCUGAUUUCUAUAGAUUUUGUGGUACAAUCUCCGAAAGGUACUGCCAACUUGGAAAUGCAGUUGCCAUUCCCGUCGGCCGUGCCCUUGGAUAUGCACUUGGAAUGGCUUUCCAGAGCUUAACUGGCGAUGAACCGCUCAUAAAAUUGCCACCAAAGUUCGCAUUCUCAAAGCCUCCAGUUGAAGAAAUAGUGGAACAAAAUAGAUUCUCUGGUUGUCAAGCAUAGAAUCAUAAACGUGUUCGGUUUUUUUAAUGUACUAUUAGACUCGCAUGUAUUUAGGUUUUUCAUGUAUUGUAAGAAAUGUAUUUAGGUUAUUGUUGUAUGUAGUCUAAUUUUUCCCAUUCUUUCCUGACUUCUCCUAUUCAAGGGGCAUGGUCAAAUUAUAUCCGUAGAUAAUAAUCAUCACACUAAUUGUUGUUGUAGUUAUUUAUGAGAUAGUCUCGUAAAAGACAUCUUGUCGGUGGUGUUGUAGUUCUUCCAAUGUGUACUAAUAAUGUAAGCACUAUAUC